AUGGAGCAACUCGCUCAGCUGGUGCGCGAGGUAGAGCGCGUAGUCACCGCGCCCUACGUACCCUCACUGCAGGGUCUUUAUGAACUAUUACAAAGCUGCUCUCCAUCGAUUGAAUCAUGGGCAUUGUGCAAGCCUUGCCAGGUCGGGCUCAUGGCCGAUGUUUUGGUAGACGCCUUACCGCGAUCGCGCGUCGCGGUGCCUUUGGUCUCGGCGUUCGCUUCCACUCGGGCCGUCCGAGAUGCAAUACUUGAGCGUCACCCAAUCGUUCUGGAUCAGUUUCUGGAAAAGACUGUCAAUGGAGAGUCCAAGUACUACUCGGCAUGCAUUGCCUUUUUCGCAUCACCGCUUCCAGAGGGCUUUGUCCCGCCGGCUCGCAUCGCGGCCUUUCUGUCCAAGCUGGUGAGCGUGAUGGUGGCAAAUCCCUGCGUGGACACCGUACAAUCAAUCCAUGCACUCAUCACCGGGUUAAAAGGCUCGCCGCAAGUCUUGAAUGAUGUUCCCUCUCAGAUCAUGUCCGAUCUUCAAUUGGAGUUUACUAAAACCCUACGUAACCUAGACGACCACAUGGGAAACCUGCUGUGCUUGUCCACCUUUGCCCAAAUCGCGACAGCGCGGCUGGCAGAACCGCAGAAUCAACACGGAUCAGAGCGCCAGUGGCUCCUCAACAUUAAACACUUCUUUGGUGCCAAGAGAGGUAUCAAGACACUCGAUUUGGUCGUCUUGCGGGUUAUCUUGGCGUGCUCCUCAAGCUGUAACUUGGGACCGCAAGACGCUGCUGCGAGUAUUCGGCUGGCGAUUGACAUUACUGAUGCUAUUGAGCCGGCGCAGAAGCAGGCAUGGAUAGCCGGUAACUCUGCCAAGGUUUCGAAGCUGUGUGAGAAGGCUGUCAAAGAUGGUCUGGAAAAUGGGAUUCAGAAAAUGGCUGUUGUUUUCUUGUAUUCUCUUCUUCCGGAACAGUCUUUAUCAUCCCAGCUACGGAGCCUGGGCCUCAGGACACUUCUAUCGAAAGAAAGUCAAGACACAUUGGAGUCGAUUUCCCCACGUCUCACCACGCGCCUUGCAAAGUCAUUAGCUACCACUGGGGAGCCUGCUACUCGUGAAGCCAUGGCUUUUGUGCUUGGUACUCUCAAAGGCAGCCAAUGGCAAGACCGAGAAACAAUUGCAGCACUACGCUUGGCGCAAAUCAUUCUGACAGGCUUACAAGAACUUGAUCCUGAGACGUUGAGCUUCAAUCUGAAUAGCUCAAUGAAAUCUCUCGGGCAAGUUGUUGGUGAGGCGGUGGAACACUUCCCCCGACAACCGAAUGAAGACCAAUGCAAGGAACUAGCUGUGUGCAGUUCUCAAGUGUGCAUCAUGCAGAACCAGCUAUUGUUGUCUCUACUAGGGCUCUACAAUGCCAUCUCCACCACAAAGGCUGGGGGCGACGUUAUCAUGAAAUCAUUCAUGGCUAAAGUGGAACAAUCAUUGCCCGAUCUUCGCUGCAAAUUCCUGACAGCAAACCCUUCAGGGUCCAGUGACCGCUAUGCCUUGCUUGGCAACGAAAAACCAUCGUCUACACACAUCGACCGCAAUUGGCGAGCUGGCUUUACCAGUGCAUUCAUGCAAGAUGCCCAAGUCCACCACGACAGCAUGAUGAAAAGGAUCGAAGAAACCUGCUUCGAUUUGGAACGACGCUGUGAAGAUGUAGAAGGGCCAUUGCGAGCCGUCGAAGAACAACGUGACCAAUACGCACUAGAAACCCGGUAUCUCAGAGAACGAACCGAGCAAAUGGCCAAGGAACUCCAAGAAAAGACCGAUGAAGUGGAAGCUGCACGCAGAACAUCAUCCGAGCACCUGACUGAAUUUGGCCAUGAGCACACACGCCUGGAACAAUUUCUUCAAGAUCAAUAUUCACACCGCGAUGAAUUGAUGGCUGAUAUCGAGGCUUUACGCGCGAAUCUCCGAGAGCAGCAGCAUGAUUCUGAGAGUGCCAUUGUUGCUGAGAGAGAGGCUGCACGAUCUAAAGAAUUAGAGAUGAUGGCUACUCUUACUGGGAAGGAUGAUCAAAUAGAGGAAUUGCAUGAAGAGCUGGGUGAUAUAAGAUCACGCCAUGACCAAGCAUGUCAAAGAGUUGCUCAGGGUUCUAAAGAGAAUGCUAAAGUCCGUGAGAUGAUGGAAUCAUUGGAGCUAGAACUUGCUGGGACGACGCAGAAGUUGGAGCAAGCCAGGACUCUCAACGUCCAGAAGGACGAUAUGAUCAAUGAACUUGUGGGCGUGUCUGCUCAGAAAGAUGACAGGAUUACCCAAAUUUCGGCCCAGGAGGAUGAUCUGCGACAGGAGUUGGAGUCUUUGAAAUCAACAUUGGCGCGACGAGUCGCAGAGUAUGAUAACCAGGAAUCUGCCUUGCGGCAAUCCGAGGCGAGAUUGAGGGGUGAUAUCGAUGCUCUUGCCCGGGAAGCGGAGAAUCAAGCUUCUCGGGCUUCCAAUGAGGUGGCAACACUGAGUGCAGAAAAGCAACGCCUACAGGCUGCCAUGCAGGCUGCCGCUCAGAAGGCUUCAAACGACGUCCAAGUGAAAACCAAACGCAUCCACCAUCUUGAAAGAAAGAUACAAGCUUUGCGAGAUGAGCGAGCAGCCAAAGCACGGGAAUUCUCAGAAGCCCAACAACAUAUCGGCCGGCUGAUGGGUGUGAUGGGCUUUUCCGCAAACGCGCCAGAAUCCACCAAGCAUCAACGAACGAGAUCAACCCCUUAUCAAACGCCAGCAGCAAGAUCCCCACAACCAAUCAGUGACGAUGAAGAUGAUGAAAACGAGAAUCAAUCCCGCCCAUCAUCUUCCCACUCAUUAUCUAUGGGUCCCACGCCAAAACGUCCACGAUCAAACCGUAAAUCCUCACCAUCAUAUCCCACCAAUCCUUCACCCGCGGCCGCUUCUCGAAAAAUCCCAUCUAGCGCGACGCGCUCCACUAGAAGUCCAUUAGCGGAUACCAAUUUCAAUGGGUCGCCUCAUAUACCGCCUACCAGUGGGUGGAAGCAUAGUCAGGUUGAUGCUGUACCAAGCACUCCUACUCAGGAGAAUGUGGAAGAGAAUCGGCUUCGGGGGUUGAAUCUUGAUAUGGAUCUGGAGUUCUCGAAGAAUUUCAUAUUCUCUGGUACUGAUUUUACGGAAUAG